AGCAAGAAGAUGAAAAAAAUCGAAAUUUGCGGAUUGAUAAAAAGUGCGAUUAAUGAUUUUAUAGUUUUAAGAACACCAACUAUUUACUCCCACUGAACAGUGUUUUUUCGGCCGGCGGCAGAACGGAGAACGGAAUACGCCCAGGGGGGCAAUUUAUCGGUUGAGUGCGGUGGGUCGGAAGUAAUCGGCCAUCGGUUCAAGUUCGCUGAGCGUGAAAAUAUAUUAGCUUCUAGCUAGUGGCAGCAGCAGCAACACCAUCAUCGCAGAGACCCCUCCUUGUGGCUUCAUCGCGCAGGAGGUCCUGUAACGGGUUGGCCGCACCACGGCAACAAUGUACCAGAGCGCUUGUAGUGCAGCCGCCGGCGGUUGCUCGGAACCGGAGCGCCACGAUCGGGAUGGGUUGAUAACGCACGAAACGGCGGUAGCCCCGGUCGAGCACGACUACAGUGGGUUCGAUAUCGUGAAGGCAACACAGUACGGUGCGAUAGCACGCGUCAAGGAGCUCAUCGAGGCGGGCUGGGAUGUGAAUCAGCCGGACAGCGAAACCGUAACGCUGCUGCAUUGGGCGGCGAUUAAUAAUCGUAAAGAUAUCAUAAAAUAUUUCCUCGAUAAGGGUGCGAUCGUGGAUGCGGUCGGGGGUGAGCUGAGCGCUACACCGUUGCACUGGGCCACACGGCAGGGUCAUCUCGGUGCGGUGGUACUGUUGCUGGCGGCCGGCGCCGAUCCGAGCCUUCGCGAUGCGGAAGGCUGUUCGUGCAUUCAUCUGGCCGCCCAGUUCGGGCACACGGCACUGGUGGCGUACUUUAUAGCGCGGGGUGUGAAUCCCGAUUUGCAGGAUCGCGGUGGCAUGACAGCGUUGAUGUGGGCAGCGUGGAAAAUAUCCGCCCUCGAUCCGGUCCGAUUGCUGCUGACGCUGGGCGCAAACCCGAGCCUGGCGGAUCACACGCAUGGCAACACGGCACUGCACUGGGCCAUCCUUGCGCGUAACGCAACCGCCAUCAGUACGCUGGUGCUGAAGGGUAAGGCAAACAUGGAAGUACCGAACCUGCGUGGUGACACACCGCUCACGAUGCUACAGCCGCACCUCGGUUCGAUUUGGAUCGGUUCGAAGGUGUCCGACCGGAUCCGGGAACUGACGCAACAAUCGCACCGACGCAACCUGCUCGUACGCCUGACGCUCGACAAACGGUUCCGCUGGUGGAGCAUGAUAGCGACCCCGUUUCUGGUGUUUUAUCUCGUCGGGCUAGUGUUCUGUGCCGACACGCAGAUCAUCAUUAAGAUUUUCCUGCUCGCCUGUCUGUACAGUGUGUCGUACACGAUGGGGCAGCAUCUGUUCGACGAGAAUCUGAUGGCGUUGCUACCACUGAGCGUGUAUAUGGCCACGAAGCUGUGGUUUUACGUUACCUGGCUCACGUACAUCGCACCAACCGUAUCGUUCCUCGCAUCGAUGGCGUUCCUUGCCUGCAGUGCAGGGCUGUGGGUAUGUUUCCUGAAGUCUUGGCGCGGCAAUCCGGGCGUAAUUCAGCCGACACAAGAACAACGGUUUAGGACCAUCAUUGAACUUUCCGAGCGUGGUGCAAGUGGAUUUGAACCGUCGGCUUUCUGUUCCGCCUGUCUAGUCCGCAGACCGGUACGCUCGAAGCAUUGCUCCGUGUGUGAUCGAUGCGUUGCCCGGUUCGAUCACCAUUGCCCGUGGGUUGGCAACUGUAUCGGUGCGAAAAAUCACAAAUACUUUAUGGGCUUCUUGUGGAUGCUUCUGAUCAUGUGUGGCUGGAUGCUGUACGGCGGGUCAAACUUCUACGUACAAACGUGUUCCGUCAACAUGGACGAUGGCUUAUGGUCCGCACUGCAGGCGAUCGGGUCCUGCAAUCCUUGGGUCGGUUGGGUGAUGGGAAACGCGCUGCUUCACAUGUCCUGGGUCACGGUGUUAACGAUCUGCCAGAGCUACCAGGUCGUGUGCCUCGGUAUGACGACGAACGAGCGUCUGAACCGUGGCCGAUACCGGCACUUCCAGGCCAAGGGUGGCAAGAGCCCGUUCAACCGUGGUCCGCUGAAAAAUCUGUUCGAUUUCCUCGAGUGCAGCUGUUUCGGGCUGGUGCAACCGCAACACACGGACUGGAUGCAAUUUUUUGAGUUUGAUAAGCACGUCGAACACGAGCCACUGUUGCGACCCGAUAACUUUCAGUACGUCUGAGUUAAGCUCAGCAGCAGCAGGGCAGCCGUUCAACCCGCCGACCGGCAACCGGAAGUACCGGAAGCGUCCACCGAACCCGGAGCGCGAGCUGGCAACGUUGCUGAGGAACGAAACCAUCAGCACGAUGCUGAAGUGUGGCCGAAAAACGAAACUGUACUAGUGGCGUCCGCAGCAACCGUCAGCAAGGUGGCUGCGGUGUAGAAGGGAAGGGUUUACCGGACGUACAUUUGCGGCAUUUCUCCUCGCUUCUACUGGUGUACAGUGAUAUCCUUGUGUUCCUGCAUUACUACGCAGCCUGCCCGGCACGCCUCGUCCAGUGGCGCAUUUUUGUUUCAAAAUACGCUUUCAGCUGUCUGAUGUAGCCAAUCCAGUUGGCAUGAGGUUUUCGUUUCUGUAUUCUGAGGCGCUGCCACUGGUCGAAAGGUACAGUUUUGGUGUGCGCUCUAGUAUUUGUAUUUCGUUUUCCUAUAAUUUUAAACACCGUAACACGCGUAAGAGGAUGAAGUGAACAAGGCUUUAGAUAGGAGUUAAGAAGAUUGCGGAGCAAAAAUCCCGCGUAAGAAACGCUUAAAGUGAACAGAACAAACCGAUAAAUACGAAACAAAAAAACACACAGACACAAAACAGCAUACCAAUGAAAAUCACCGCUAUCAAAUAUGAAACAACAAAGCGUACAGCUUCGGCUUGUGGCCGAUGUGAGGGCGGAAAGGAAAGUUAAGGAUGAGUUGCGGGAGGUAUAAGGCACACAAGUUAGUAGCAUUUAAGAAGAAGAAAAAAAACCUAUAGUGGGGUUCGCUAAAAAGGUUCGUCCCCCAAAAAGGGGUUGGAGUAACACACACACACAUACAUACACACACCAAUGCAAUUAUCGAUGAAAAAAUAGUAGUUUUUCAUCAACUAAGCUCCAAUUCAUUCCAUGGAUCAUAUGUGUGAAAAUAGCAAAGCGCGGACGCAACCUGAGUGUAAAGUAAAAAAAAAAAGAAAAAGCUCGCGAAAAGGGCGACGAUGAUGAUGAUGAUGAAGAUCACAACAACAUUAGACGUAGCAGUAAAAUUACCAACAUUUGGAACGAUUUGUAUGUAUGUAAACGGAAUCAAAAUUGAUUGCAUUCAAUAUCCCACUACCCACGUCCCACGUUGAAGGGACAUUUAAAAAGUCCGUGGUGUAUAAAAAAAAUUGUUUCUGUCAAUUUUGUCAUCCUUUAGCAAAAUCCGACCAGGACAGAAGGAAGCAAGGAUGUAACAAAAAAAAAGUGAACUAUCGAAUCGAUUCAGGCGAAUCAAGCAAUAGAGUGUUCUUUUUUGUUUAUUUUAUUAUUUCUCUUUCCAACCAUAUUGACUAUUGAACUAAAAUGCACGUGUAGAUAGUGUUAAAAGAAGAAGAAAAAAAACUUUACCGGGCGCUAAACAAACCAACAAAAAAUACCAAACCUGGCGCUCGCAUGUUGUUAUGCUAAACGUAUAGUCAGAAAGGAGUGCGUGUGCGUGAGUGCGUGUGUUUGAAAAAGAGGCCGCAGGCUAGAGGGCUCUUUUUGCUUUAGUCAAAUGGUUUGUGGCGUUUGGGAUUUCGUUAAGCUAAUAUCAUUAAGAAACGAGCAUGGCAGCAAAAGGGUGUUUGUGUACGGUUGUCCCUUACCGGAACUUUACCUCUUCCAUUCAUCCUUAUCAUUAUCGUAGCGGAAGGUUUAGCGGUGUCUUCUACCGAUAGGCGUUAGCAUUCAGGACAAAUGUUUCGCAAAGCAGGGGCAACGUACCUCCAACCGUCCCAAUUAAGUAUAUGAGUAAAAUACUUUCUAUGACUCCAGCACGAUUAGCUUUUGCCCCGAUCAGACAAGCGGAAAUAUUGCAAUUGCAUUUCGUAACUUUGCACAGUAUCAUACUUCGUACCGCUUUAAAAAUAGUUUUCCUUUCUUAAUCAUUCUAGUCAUACCGUAGCAGAGAACAAACGCAUCUUGUAUAAUCGAACAGAAGGAACAGAACAUAGUUAAGGCAAGGCUAAGGUGAAGAGAUGCAAAUUCUUCCAAGUAGCAUAAAAUGAAAGCUUCUUGCUUGUUUUGCCUAUCGUAAAAUGUACACUCCUUGGUUCCUUUCGGCACAGAAAAGAAAAACAUGGAACGAUCUAGCCCACAAUUUGGCAGGUAUAUCAUACUUACCAUUUAAGCACACUCACACGCGCGGCCCAUUGCAGCCACCGACCGAUGGAGCAAUAUAGGACGGAGUGAAAAAAAAAUGGCCGGACGAAAGGACAAAUAUAGCCGUAUUUAGCGAUAAUAUGUAAUGUUAACCACAAACUUGAAGUUCCAUUCUUCUAUCGCACACCCACAAAGCACAGGCAAUACUAUUAAAAAAUGAUAAUAGAUAAAGAAUCAAUAACCGA